CGUUUCAUAACGAUUGAUGAACGAAUUUGUGUGUUGCUUUAGUAAAAGUGCUUUAGCCCUGGUGUGAACAGCCCUGUAAUUGUUUACUAAAAGACGUACUGGUAAAGAAACGUGUACACACAGACGUAGUAGGCCUUGUAAGGAACGAAAACAAAAACAACAAUGGUUGGAGUUAUUGAUGAGGCGCAGCUGUUUUAUCCGUUGGGCACACGCAUCAAAAUCGCCAACAAUUAUGGCACCGUUAAAUACGUCGGCGAGGUCAACGGGCACUGCGGCACUUGGCUAGGCAUCGAGUGGGACGAUGGGCUGAGGGGCAAGCACAAUGGCAUGGUCGAUGGCAAGCGAUACUUCCAAACGCAAUUACCCACAGCUGGCAGUUUUAUACGUCCUGGCAAGUUAGGACCGUGUGCCACGCUGGAGGAUGAGGCACGCGAGCGUUAUUCAAAUUACGAUUCUAAGAAUGUAGAUACGUCUCUGAUACGUGAGGCACAGGCUUCAAUGCAGGCAUCACUCUUUGAGGUGGUGGGCAUGGAUAAGAUAGCGCGCAAGCAAAGCAAAUUUGAACAACUGUCGGAGGUAAGCGUGGAUGAGACGCCAGUCAAUGCUGCAGGCUACCUGAAGGAUCUCUCACAGCUAACGACACUCAAUGUGAGCCACACGCUCAUCUGGAAUUGGGAGAUUGUGGCUAGCAUAACGCAGCAAUUACCAUUGCUCAAUAGCUUAAACUUGGGCUCCAACCGUCUGCUGCUGCCCACAGAUAAACAAGUCAAUGAGUUGGCUCCCUCUUUUAGUCACUUGAAGCAUAUUAAUUUGGGCAAUUGUGGCUUUACGGAUUGGCAGGAUGUGAUGCAAACGGCACUGCUAUGGCCGGAUAUUGAAUCGCUGAGUCUACAGGAAAAUGCAUUAAGUCAAUUGGCCGAGGUCGACUGUAAAAAAAUUUUUCGACAGCUGCGUGAGCUGGAUUUGCAUCGCACUAAACUAAUGGAUUUUGAUCAGGUGUGCAAGCUGGGCAAUAUUAGUACCUUGAGUGUGCUUAAUCUUAUUGAGAAUGGAAUUGAGCAACUACAGCUCCCAGAUUGUGAGCCGCACGCGAAAUUAAAUAUGUUUUUGUCACUGGAGCAGCUCAGUCUAAUGCAAAAUCCCAUAUGGAAUGAGACUGAGGCCUUUAACGAGCUCGACAAAUUACCGCAAUUGAAGCGUUUGAAUAAAACGCCGCAUUUGAAGUCAAAUUUUGAUGAAAUGUUUUCCAAAGCAGUGGCCAGCAUAGCCGGACUGCAGGUUAUCAAUAAGGCCAAGGUAACUGCCGAGGAACGGCGAGGUGCCGAAUAUGAUAUAUGGAAGAAAUAUGCUUUAGACUGGUUACAGGCAACCAAAUCGGGUGCAGAUGCUCUACGCGAAUUCUACAAAAAACAUCGGAGCUACCUGCAGAUUGUGAAUAAAUAUGGGUCGCCAGCUGAUUUUGUGCCACGUAUCCAAGCCAAGCCAUCGAAUCUCAUUAAAGUCCACAUACAGCAUAGGAAGACAGGUGAAGUGUGGGAGAAAAAAGUGCCACGCAUGAUAACGGUGCAAACGUUGCAAGGACUGGUCAUGAAGCGCUUUCGCCUAACAGGAGAAAUUCCGCAACUAUGCUAUAUAGAUGCCAAACAUCCGGAACUUGUGGUACAUCUAGAAAACAAUGCCAAAACAUUGGAUUUCUAUUCAGUGCAAGAGCACGAUACAGUUUUGUUUGAAUAGUACAAAACUAUAGUUUAAUGGAAUUUUUAAACCCUCCCUAACUUUCUCUACCCCUAAUUUGGUAUUUAAUUGUGGUAUUUUAGUUGUAAAGCAAGCAACACAUUUUAAUGUGAAUGUUGAUUUACAUAUAUAUACAUAUUAACUGUGACACCUGCUGAGACCUAUGCAAUGCAAAAUUACUAAUGUUAAUAUUAGAUACUUAAGUUUACAAAUUUCCGCUUUUGUUUUGUUUCAACAAAAUAAAAUUGAGUUUAUUAACCGAAAUUCUC